AUGCCAACACCACACGACCACAGGAGCGAUGUUGCACCCCCGGAGGAAAUCACCUCGAUAGCCGCUCAAGGCUUCAUGACCGGCGUGUUCCGGUUUGGCUCCGUGUCCAUCUUGGCCCAUAUGAUUCUUGCCCUGCCCCACCCCUUCGUCUUCUCCGCACCAAGUCCGCCCGCGUAUCCCGCGACACAACCCCGUCCACGCCCGUCCAUCUUCUCCCGCGACUAUCUCCGUUCACGACUAUUCCACCGGCCCCUGGAGGGUUUCUCAAGCUGGAUAUCCCCCGGGUCGCGUGUCUACCGCGGUCUAACGCCGCAGUUCAAGGUCUUCAUCCAGGUUGCGGCCAUGACUCUGGGUGGUUGUAUCUGGCAAGAGAAACGCGUGACGGAAUACAUCGAGCUAUUGAGACGGCUUAAACGUGCGGAGCGACUUGAGGCUGAAAGGGCGGAGGGGAAUCGUCGGUAA